AUGGGCUUUUGUCAGAGCAUAGAUAAUUGUUUCCCAGCGAAAGUUCGGCGUUGGGUCGGCAUUGUCAUUGCACUUUUAGAUGUAUUCCUUUUCGGUGGUUACCAUUAUGGUUUCAAUUCCCUUGUUGAAGUUUACAAGUCAGUUGGCUUGUAUGCAUACAACUGCACAGACACAGGAUGUUUAUAUCAUGAAAAUAUGUUCGGUGUUGUCUUUAUUGUCUGGAUGGUAUCACAAAUGUGUCUUAUUGUAUUUGCCGGCAUACUUAUGGAUAUUGUGGGAUUAAGAAUAACGAAAUUAGUGGCAGCAGUAAUGUAUUCUGCCGGUACACUGAUGUUUGCAUUCACUACUGCUUCGACUGUGCCUCUGUUCUAUGCUGCUGGGAUAUUGGUCGCUUUAGCGAGUAUAAUGAGUUUAAUAUGCAAUCAUCAAGUCAGUUCUAUGUUUCCACAAGUACGUGGUUUAUGCAUAUCUUUGAUGUCUGGAGCAUUUGAUUCAAGUACCUUGAUAGCCUUUAUAAUAUCACUGACAUAUAAAACAUUCCCAUUCAAAUGGUCAUUUAUAAUAUUGGCUAUCUGCUCACUAGCUGUUGGAACUUUCGUAGCACUAUUCAUCCUUACAAGAUAUACGAAUGAUAUGGGAAAUUAUGCUGCCUCGCAUACAAAAGAUGAAGUCGUCUUAUCCGAGGAUGCUUCAGCUGGAGAUCUGCCAAAAACAGAUAUCUACGGUGAAAUAUCUACAGUAUUGGAUGAACGUUUUCCAUCACUGAAAAGUUGUGUCUUCUCAAUGCCCUACUUAUUAAUCAACAUUUGGUUUACGCUAGGUUUAUUCCGUUUCUCAUUUUAUUUAACUCAUUUUGUAAAGCAUAUUGUCGCUAUGUUUAUCUCUGAUGCAACGCUUAAAGUACACUUGUUAUCAGUAUCCUCAGCAUUCUUUUUGUCUGGAUUUUUUGUCGCUCCAGUUACCGGUACUAUUAUUGAUUAUUUCCUUCGUAGAGCUCGAAAUAAAAUUGAACAGAUGUUAAUUCUUAAAAAAGAUUUAUACUAUCCAAAUAAAAUUUAUUAUACUCUAGUAUGUGGAUUAGUUCCAGCACUUAGUCUGAUGACUGCUUUUGCUGUCCUCUUAAGUCUAAUGAUGUUUAUACCACACUAUAUAGCAUUUUAUGCUGCAUUCAUAUUCUUAGUUAUCGUUAGAUCCCUGCUAUUCAGUACAUUUAUUAGUUUCCUUCUUUCGGCUUUCCCAGUACGCUAUUUCGGUACACUGAAUGGAAUAUCUAGUACAGUGGCUGGACUUAUCAGUUUAAUACAGUAUGCUUUCUUAGAAACAUCCACUCUUACAGACAAUAUUGUCACUUUAAUAAUUGCAUUAAGUACAUUUGUUAUACCAGUUGUAUUUGUAGUCCUUGCUAAGAAGAAUUAACUUAUUCACUGUGCUAAUUUUUUUAUUUAUUCUUACACAAAACAACAAUCAUAUACUUCUUUUUCGUUUUUAACAAAUAUUAGAUUUUGUAUUUUCUUUUGGUUGAAAACAAUUAUGCAGAGAAUUUGAACUUUGAAAAAAGAAAACAUGAUUUCCACUAGCUUUUUUAUUGUAUAUCCAAAAUAAAUAGAAGUUUAUUAUCUUCAGUACAUUUGUGUCAUUUUAAAACUUAAAUUAUCUAAGACAGGUUUAAUAAGUCUGAAUUUGGAAUGUCUUACAUUCUAAAAUUAUUAUAGAUAGUUGCAGUAUAUUAUAAACUAGAGGUAUUAAGGCCUACAGUCAAAUUAUCCACUUUCAUUUUGAAAGAUAAGUCAUCACUUUUAGUCUGUGU